AUGAACAACACACUUCCAGCAGAUCUAUUCUAUGAAAAGUUCAUCAAGAACUUCAUCAGCGUGGCCCUUGGUUUAAUCAUCAACUUUAUCAAUGGAACAUUUGUCAUGGUCUUCUUUAAAAAUACUGUUUUCCAUAAUGACCCAAGAUAUAUAUUAUACAUCCAUUUGGUUAUCAAUGACAUGAUUUUACUGUCGUUUUCUGUGGGCUUGCAAGUCACAACAUAUGUUUUGCGCUCCUUCAAUGUCUCUAUUUGUUGUGCUGUAAUUUGUUUCCUUAGUAUACUUGGCAAGAACACUCCACUAAACCUGGCCUGCAUGGCAAUAGAGCGUUACAUUGCCAUUUGCAAGCCACUUCAUCAUUUCCAAAUAUGCACAGUUCGCAGGACCUACAUGCUCAUCUGUUUCAUAUGGACUGCAUCAGCACUGCCAGCUCUGAGUGAUAUAUUCAUUACAAUAUCAAUCCAAACAGCAAGCUUUUUCUCAACUUCCAAUUUAUGUCAAAAUGCGUUCAUUUUCAACAGCUGGGAGCACAAUAUCAAAGAAACUGUGGUGAAUGUUGUGUAUUUGUCAUUUGUGUGGAUUUCACUGAUUAUCACCUACUUUAAGGUCUUUUCAGCAGCAAAUGCUGCUAGUGCAGAUCAAGCAUCUGCUAAAAAGGGCCGGAACACAAUAUUACUGCAUGCAGUUCAGCUUCUGCUGUGUAUGAUGUCCUACGUCACCCAGGUUGUGAGUUCUGCACUUGUAGACCGUUUUCCUGAGAGUCGAACUACUAUUCUGUUCAUGCUGUUUCUGCUGACAUAUAUUCUGCCAAGGUUAUUAAGCCCACUGAUCUACGGGUUGAGGGAUCAAAAAUUUCUAGAGCGUAUCAAAGUGUUUUAUUGUUGCAAACAUGUAAAGACACAGAUAAUCCCCAUGAAGAAAACUGCAGUAUAA